UUUGUGUCAGGAGCGCAGUGUAGACAGGAGUUCUAAGCAGACUCAGUCACACUAAGUUCCUUUCUUUUUGGAAGUGGAGGAGGUUUUCCUGUUUGUUUUUUUGUUUGUUUAUUUGUUUGUUUGUUUUUAGGCAGUUUUAAUAGCUUUGAAUAAUUACUCCCUUAAGGGAUUAAAUAUAGGAAGAGGAGAAAGAACACGUCGGUUGUUAAAGUAAGGGAGGAAGAGAGACUUGCCCUAUAGCGUGGCUUCUCUAGAAAUUUAUACACACACACACACACACACCAGAGUAUUUUAAUAAAUCCCUAAAAUGUCGAGAUAUGUACAAGAUCUUAGCAAAGCCAUGUCUCAAGAUGGUGCUUCUCAGUUUCAAGAAGUCAUUCGACAAGAGCUAGAAUUAUCUGUGAAGAAAGAACUAGAAAAAAUACUUACCACAGCACCAUCACAUGAGUUUGAGCACACCAAAAAAGACCUUGAUGGAUUUCGGAAGCUAUUUCAUAGAUUUCUACAAGAAAAGGGACCUUCUGUGGAUUGGGGAAAAAUCCAGAGACCUCCAGAAGAUUCGAUUCAACCCUAUGAAAAGAUAAAAGCCAGAGGCUUACCUGACAAUAUAUCUUCCGUGCUGAACAAGCUGGUGGUGGUGAAACUCAAUGGAGGUUUGGGAACCAGCAUGGGCUGCAAAGGCCCGAAAAGUCUGAUCGGUGUGAGGAACGAGAAUACCUUUUUGGAUCUGACCGUUCAGCAAAUUGAACAUUUGAACAAAACCUAUAAUACAGAUGUUCCUCUUGUUCUAAUGAACUCUUUCAACACGGAUGAAGAUACAAAGAAAAUACUACAGAAGUACAAUCACUGUCGUGUGAAAAUUUACACUUUUAAUCAAAGCAGGUACCCAAGGAUUAAUAAAGAAUCUCUACUGCCUGUAGCAAAGGAUGUCUCAUACUCAGGGGAAAAUACAGAAGCAUGGUACCCUCCAGGUCAUGGUGAUAUUUACGCCAGUUUCUACAACUCUGGUUUGCUCGACACCCUUAUAGGAGAAGGCAAAGAGUAUAUUUUUGUGUCUAACAUAGAUAAUCUGGGUGCCACCGUGGAUCUUUAUAUUCUUAAUCAUCUAAUGAACCCACCCAAUGGAAAACCCUGUGAAUUUGUCAUGGAAGUCACAAAUAAAACACGUGCAGAUGUAAAGGGUGGCACACUUACCCAGUAUGAAGGCAAAUUGAGAUUGGUGGAAAUCGCUCAAGUGCCAAAAGCACAUGUUGACGAGUUCAAGUCUGUGUCAAAGUUCAAAAUAUUUAACACAAACAACCUGUGGAUCUCUCUUGCAGCAGUUAAAAGACUGCAGGAGCAAAAUGCUAUUGAUAUGGAGAUCAUUGUGAAUCCAAAGACUUUGGAUGGAGGCCUGAAUGUCAUUCAGUUAGAAACUGCAGUAGGGGCUGCCAUAAAAAGUUUUGAGAACUCUCUAGGUAUUAAUGUUCCUAGGAGCCGCUUUCUACCUGUCAAAACCACAUCAGAUCUCUUGCUAGUGAUGUCAAAUCUCUAUAGCCUUAAUGCAGGAUCUUUGACAAUGAGUGAAAAGCGGGAAUUUCCUACAGUACCCUUGGUUAAAUUAGGCAGCUCUUUUACAAAGGUACAAGAUUAUCUAAGGAGAUUUGAAAGUAUACCAGAUAUGCUUGAAUUGGAUCACCUCACAGUUUCAGGAGAUGUGACAUUUGGCAAGAAUGUUUCACUAAAGGGAACAGUUAUCAUCAUUGCAAAUCAUGGUGACCGAAUCGACAUCCCACCUGGAGCAGUAUUAGAGAACAAGAUUGUAUCAGGGAACCUUCGUAUCUUGGACCACUGAAAUGAAAAAUACUGUGUACACUUCAUACUAAUUAUGGGCUAAACAGUUUCUUAUAAUGAAAUGUUCUCUAGGAUUCUAAAAUCAGCAGGUACUUUACUAUGUUACUGUACCCUGCAGUAUUAAUUUUUAAAGUAGUGUUUUUUUUGCAGUAUGCUUUUAGUCGAAGAAAAGCACAGAUGGAAGCAAUAUUUUUCUUCUUUGAAGAGGACCCUGAAAGUUCAUCUUAAAGUGCAAUACUAUUUAAUCUUAAAACUGGGGCAGCUCUAAUGGAACAUCUUUUAACUGCGGCCUCAGUGACGGUCACUUUGAAUUGCUAGUGAUUUUCAAAAAUAAAGCUGUGAGGCAAUCCA